AUGGCCAAGACCAAGAUCUCUGUGGAUGAAGAUCAGCUCAGCUGUGUUAUCUGUUUGAACCUGCUCAACGAGCCUGUGACUAUUCCAUGUGGGCACAACUACUGUAUGGACUGUAUUGAUCGUCACUGGAAUAAGUUUAACGACUUUAACUGUCCACAGUGUCGAGUGAAAUUUGGCGCGCGACCUACUCUGAACAAAAACACGGUACUGGCUGAUGUGGUCGAGAGAGUGAAGAAGAAAGGAUUCCAAGCCGAACCUGCUCAGCUUUGCAAAAGCCCUGGAGAUGUAGCCUGCGAUAUCUGCAAUGGGAAAAAGCGUAAGGCCUCUAUGUCCUGUCUUGUGUGCCUGGCCUCUUACUGUGACAAACAUGCCCAGACGCACUAUGGCUCUCCUGCCCUGAAGAGACACAAGCUGAUCAAAGCCAGUACACAGCUCCAAGAACACAUUUGUCCACAUCAUGACAAACUACUCGAAAUGUACUGUCGUACUGACCAAAAGUGCAUUUGCUUAAUGUGCCCAAUGGAUGGACACAAAAAUCAUGAUACAGUUUCAGUGGCUGUUGAAAGGAUAGCGAGGCAGGCAGCUCUCAGAGACAAUAAGAGAAUCUUCAAGGAGCUGAUCCAGUUCAUCUCGAAAAGACAGACUGAAGUGGAGGACAUGAUUAAAGGACAGGGGGAAGUUUGUAUGAGGGACACUAAAGAACUUUCAGGGAAGCUUCAGCUGGAGAUCGCUCAGCUAAGAGAGACAGAACGCCAGAUGGAGCAGCUCACCAGCACAGACAAUCACAUCCACUUCCUUAAGACUUCUCCAGCUGUCUUGGCUGCUCCUACACCUGUCCCCUUGCCCAACACUGCGGUUAAACCUCAGAUUUCUUUUGCGAAGGUUACAAAGUCAGUGUGUGUUUUGAAAGAGAAAGUGGCAGAGACCUUGAAAAACAGCGCUUUGGUCGUUCAAGAGCCCCACACUAGAGAACAGUUUUUGAAAUAUGCAUGUCAACUCACACUGGACUCCAACACUGUGAAUGGACAUCUCACUCUGUCUGAAUAUUACAAGAAAGCCACGUGGACAGAGCAGUUACAGUCAUAUCCUGAUCAUCCAGAGAGGUUUCAGGCUUGGCCCCAGGUACUCUGUGCCCAGGGUCUGACUGGGCGCUGUUACUGGGAGGUUAACUGGAAGGGUCCGUAUGGGGUAGGCAUUGCAGUCUCAUAUAAAGGAAUCACCAGAAAUGGACCAGAUGAUGACUGUGUCUUUGGGUUCAAUGAUAAGUCCUGGAGUUUGCUCUGCAGUCCUCAGAGAUUUACCUUCUGGCACAGCAAUGAACAAACUGAAAUUACCAUUCCCAAAACCUCUAGGAUAGGAGUGUUUUUAGAUCACAAUGCUGGCACUCUGUCCUUUUACAGCGUUUCUGAGACAAUGAAGCUCCUUCAGAAAAUCCAGACAACGUUCACAGAGCCCCUUUAUCCAGGCUUUAGGGUUUUUUCUGGUUGCAGUGCGACUCUCUGUUCCCUUGGCAAACUCUCAGCUCAAGCUGCAUUUUAA